AUGGAAGAGAUUGAAGCGCUACAACAGCGGCUAGCCGACAUUACCGAGAUGGCUGAAAAGGAGAAGUACAUGUGCAACCAACUGACUGAAGAGUCGGCCCGCGUCACGCACGAUAAUGCCAUUCUUCAGGAAGAGCUGACUCGUAUUCGUUCGGAACUUAUUGAGGCAAGUAAAGGAGAUGAAUCAGCUAAAUUGUUGGAAUUAUUACCUAAUAGCGAUAACUAUAGGAUCUUGCAGACCCCGAGGUGUCUUUAA